AUGACAGCCAAUCCUCUGAACACAGCACUUCUUUGUCUUUUAUGCGAAGAGUUUGAGGGCACACUCCCCGAAAACAGAGCUCAGCUGUACUUGGAUAUGGUUGAAUGUGUCUUGAGAAGAUAUAGGAAAAAGAAAGGAAUAUUAGAAACGGGAGUAGACCUGAUAAACCUUUACAAACCGCUACUGAAUCACCUUGGGUGGAUAGCGUUGAAUGGUUUAAUUAACGGCAAGUUGGAUUUUGAUGAAACUGAAUUGGGAAAGCAUGCAAAAGACUUGACUGAGCUUGGAUUUCUGUCAGUGCAGCCUGGUGGCAGCAAAUUGAGACAAAAACGGCAUUAUGCUUUCUUACAUAAAAGUUUUCAAGAAUGCUUUGCAGCAUUCUUCAUUUGUUCUCAGAUUCAAAGCAGGGAAAUUAUACCUGAAGAACUAGUUUCCGAUCCAAGGUAUUUCUUUGACCUUAAACAAGUACUUUUGUUUUCAUGCGGAAUUUUAGGCAUGAAAUGCGAUGAACAAGCUGUGGCACUUGUACAGAGUUUAAUAAAUGAAGUCAACGAAAUUAAAGUCCGUGGUACAAAAGUUGUAUUGGAGGCCAUAAACGAAUGUAAAAGAGAAAAAAGCGAUUUUCACUCACAUUUAGCAAAGUCUUUUGGAACUGGUUUGAAUCUCACCUUUUUGUACUUGGCUUACCAUAGUAUUGAUGAUACUGGUGCUACAUGUCUUGCUGAGGCAAUCAAAGUCAACAAGACGCUAACCAAUUUGGAUUUGUGUGGGAAUGCUAUUUGUGUUGCUGGUGCUACAUCUAUUGCUGAGGCACUCAAAGUCAACGAGACUCUAACGAAUUUGAAUUUGUCUUACAAUGGUAUUAGUAAUACUGGUGCUACAUCUAUUGCUGAGGCAAUCAAAGCCAACAAGACUCUUACCAAUUUGAAUUUAUCUCGCAAUGGUAUUUCUAAUACUGGUGCUACAUCUAUUGCUGAGGCAAUUAAAGUCAACAAGACGCUAACCAAUUUGAAUUUGUCUCGCAAUCGUAUCAGUGAAGCCGUUACUACAUCUAUUGCUGAGGGAAUCAAAGUCAACAAGACGCAAACAAAUUUGGAUUUGUCUUUAUAUGGUAUUAGUGAAGCCGGUGCUACAUCUAUUGAUGAGGCAAUUAAAGUCAACAAGACGCUAACGAAUUUGGAUUUGUCUGAGAAUGGUAUUUGUGUUGCCGGUGCUACAUCUAUCGCUGAGGCAAUCAAAGUAAACAAGACGCUAACCAAUUUGGAUUUGUCUGAGAAUGGUAUUCGUGUUGCCGGUGCUACAUCUAUUGCUGAAGCAAUCAAAGUUAACAAGACACUAACCAAUUUGAAUUUGUCUCGCAAUGUUAUUAGUGAUGCCGGUGCUACAUUUAUUGCUGAGGCAAUCAAAGUCAACAAGACUCUUGCCAGUUUGAAUUUGUCUCGCAAUGGUAUCAGUGAUACAGGUGCUUCGUUUAUUGCCGGGGCAAUCAAAGUUAACAAGACGCUAACCAAUCUGGAUUUGUCUUACGAUGCUAUUAGUGAUGCCGGUGCUACAUCUAUUGCUGAAGCAAUCAAAGUCAACAAGACGCUAACCAAUUUGAAUUUGUCUCUCAAUUAUAAUACAUAA